AACACAUGUCAUAACAAAAGGAAGUGAACGAAAACAGUGCCAACGAAAACACAAUAAAAAAAAUUAAAAAUAUUGAUGAUUCUGAAUGAGAAAUUUUCGCAAAUCGGCCGGUAAUCGAGUGAAAAGAUGACUGUGGACCUUAGCAGGAACAAUGCGGCGUUAAAAGAUGCCUGGAAGGACGUUUUGAACGAUAAAACCGACACGAAUUGGGCCUUGUUUGGUUAUGAGGGACAGACGAACUCACUGAAACUUGUUAGUAAGGGUGAUGGGGGCAUAAAUGAACUUAAGGAGGAUCUAAACUCUGGAAAAAUCAUGUAUGCCUUUGUAAAAUUAAAUGAUCCAACAACCACCCUUGAAAAAUGUGUUUUAAUCCACUGGCAAGGGGAAGGUGCCAAUACUGUUAGGAAAGGAAUUUGUGCCAACCAUCUUAGGGAUAUAGAGAGGUUUUUUACUGGGGCCCACUUAACCUACAAUGCCAGAAAUGAAGAUGAAGUUGAUGAAGAUAUUCUUAUUGAAAAGUUGAGAAAAGUUGGUUCAGAGUAUAAGUUUAAGACAAAAGUAGCACCAAUUGAACCUGCAAUGCCCGUUGGGACAAGGUAUCAGAAAGUGAAUGCUGUAAAAGAAAUCAACUCACAAGAAAGGGACAAAUUUUGGAAAAAAGAGGAAGAAGAAGAAAAAGUGCGCCUGGAACAAGAAAAACAGAAAAAGCAAGAAGAACAAAUAAAAUUAGAAAAAGAGAGGCAACAAAGAGAAGAAAAGGAAGCUAAAAAACGUGAUCAAGAAUCAGAGUUAAGAAAUGAAAGAAUCAAUCAAAUCAAAAAAAUCGAACAAGAGAAAGAGACUGAAACGCAUAUUGUGGCUCCUGAAAAACCUCUGAGAACAUCAAUUUUAAAGACUCAAAUCCACUCGCAACCCACAGAGACUGCAACCGAAAUCACAAAUUUACAUCUAGAACCAAUUAAUACAGAACAACCAGUUAGUGACGAUGAGGGUGAUCAAUUUGCAACAAUAAAAAGAUCUCCAAAGGAUCCUUUAAACUCCUCUAAACCAGUAGAAACGCCCACUUCACCCUCCCAAGAAGAAGAGAAAACUAACAGUUCUCAAUUUGUGGAGCAAACUGUUAAUAUGCUGGAACAAGAUUUUGUGGAUGAAUAUAUUUAUGGUAUUGCUAAGGAAGGAUAUAAGGCUAGGGCGUUGUAUGAUUAUCAAGCAGCCGAUGACACUGAAAUCUCUUUUGAUCCGGGAGAUUUGAUAACUAAUAUAGAGAAAGUUGAUGAAGGAUGGUGGCAGGGUUUGGCCCCAGACGGAAUUACUUAUGGCCUAUUUCCCGCUAAUUACGUCGAACAAAUAGAUUAAACUCAUCAUUUUUGUCUUGCUUUAUUUCCAUUUACAUCUUAUGCUGUGACUGUAUACAAUUUGUUUUUCUACUAUUAUUAUACUAGAUGAAUUUUUAUUUUUAAGUAUUUUGUUUGUUCUUAGCUUUUUGCUUUUCUUGUCAUAAAAUUUUAUAUUAAUAAUUAUUUUGAUUUUAUAUAGAAGAAAAAUUUAAUUACUGUUACAAUUUAUAUACAUAAUAUACUAGCAAUUUUUAAAGAAUAAAAUUAUAUUAUUCCACUA